UCAGUGUUAAGCGCCAACAGACAUUGUCCACUGUGAAGAACUAGAAUUAAAUAUAUUAAAAAUAUAUCCAAUAAUGGAGAGAGGGAAGCUGGUGGUGGAGAGGGUAGAAGGCAGGUCAACGCUGACCCGCUGUUUCUCAAAGUACCCCUUCAAAUUCAUCGUCCCCAAUAAGGCGGGAUCCUCCAAAGCCGAUGCUGUGUGGAUUUACACCAUCACUUACGGUGGAGGCGUUGUCUCUGGGGAUUCGAUGGCUUGUGAUGUUACGGUCGGGGAUGGCGCUACUGCUGUUUUGACCACUCAAUCUUCUACAAAGGUUUACAAGUCUGUAGGAUCAAAAUGUUCUCAACAGAAAAUGGAAGCUAGCAUCGGAAAAGGCGCACUUUUGGUCGUUAUUCCAGAUCCAGUAACUUGUUUUUCCACUGCAAAGUAUUCUCAAAUACAAAACUUCAAAGUCGUACCUGAAUCAAGCUUGCUUCUUGUUGACUGGAUAACCAGCGGCCGCCAUGAAAGAGGCGAAAAGUGGGCUUUUUCUCAUUAUAAGAGCACAAACCAUAUUCUUUUACAAGGCAAUGAGACUUUAUUUCUUGACACGACGUCAUUAGAGCAUGGAAGACAUGGCGGUAUUUCUGAGCGACUGCAAGACUACCAAGUAAUAGCCAUGAUAGUUCUUUUGGGGCCAAAGUUGAAGCUUAUUCAGAGUCAAAUCCAGGAGGAUGUGAAGAAAUUAAUGUCUCAGCAACUCCGCCUUCCUUCAGUUAGCGCAGGAUGUUCCUCAGAAUCUGGCAGUAGUUAUCGGUUGCCCAAACCAAGUUUCCUUGCUUCUUGUAGUACGUUUGGCCCAAAAGGCGCAGGAGUUGUCAUUAGAGUUGCAUCCAUGACCACUGAAUCCGUCUACAAUUUCCUGCAAGAUCAAUUGGCUAGCCUAGAAGCGUUGCUUGGAGCUGCGCCAUAUCUUUAGACAAAAUCGGAAGAUUGGGUUCAGAGCCCUCAGGAAAAUGCUCUAUUACUUGUAUGCUUCAUUGCAGAUGAGCCAAAGAUUGAAAUUUCAACCGCCCCUAUGUCCAAAACAAACAAAAAGAGAGCUGUAAAUUACCGAAAGAAAAUAAAACCAAAACAUUGCUGUAGGAUGACACGCAAUGUCGUUCUGCUUUUGCUUUCUUAUCCUUUA